GGGCGGAGCCAGUUGCCUGUUAUUUUUUUUCUUCUCAAACUUUAUUGACAACAAAGGAACACAAUACUAAAACAUUAGCUAUUUGCCAUUUUAGGGAGGAAAAAAUACCAGUCCAAGCUGUUCGGUUCGAGGCUAGGUCAAAGUGUGUUUGUUACCCGGUACGCUGCCGCGGACAGAAACAUGUCUUCGGGAUCUAGAACCACGAACACGGAUGCGUGGGGAGGGUUCGACGAUAACCUCAUCCAGGGCAGCGGCUCAGCUGUCAUCGACAUGGAGAACAUGGAUGACACAUCAGGAUCCAGCUUUGAAGACGUUGGGGAGAUGCAUCAGAGGAUGAAGGAGGAGGAGGAGGUCACGGCUGAGGCGGCCGCCGCAGAGGACGAAAGCACUGAGGAUGGCGAGUUUCUGGGAAUGAAGGGAAUAAAGGGUCAGCUGGGUCGACAGGUGGCUGACGAGGUGUGGCAGGCAGGAAAAAGACAGGCCUCAAAAGCUUUUAACCUGUACGCCAACAUCGACAUCCUUAGACCGUAUUUUGACGUUGAGCCGUCACAGGUGCGCAGCAGACUGAUAGAGUCCAUGAUACCUGUCCGCAUGAUCACCUUCCCUCAGAAGGUUGCAGGUGAACUGUAUGGCCCACUGAUGCUGGUUUUUACUCUGGUGGCCAUCUUGCUGCAUGGCAUGAAGACAUCUGGCACAGUGAUUAGGGAGGGGACUCUGAUGGGCACAGCCAUAGGAACCUGUUUCGGUUACUGGCUUGGUGUGUCGUCCUUCAUCUACUUCCUGGCAUACCUGGUUAAUGCUCAGAUCACCAUGCUGCAGAUGCUGUCCCUGUUGGGCUAUGGUCUGUUCGGUCACUGUGUUGUCCUAAUGGUCACUUACAACAUCCACUUCCACUUCCUUUUCUAUGCCAUGUGGCUGCUGAUUGGAGGACUGUCAACGCUGCGAAUGGUAGCAGUUCUGCUGUCUCGGACCGUGGGUCAGACUCCUCGUCUGCUUCUCUGUGGGACGCUGGUGCUGCUGCACAUGAGCUUCCUGCUGUACCUGCACUUCAGCUACCACCAGAUCCUGGAAGGACUCCUGGACUCUCUGGAGGGACCCAACCUGGCCCCCAUGCAGCGGGUGGUCCGAGACGUGCCGGGACUGACACUCAACACCACCAUGAGAAACCCUGGGGUCAUGCAGAUGACCCAAUGAGGGUGGGGCAGAGCCAUCUAUCUGAAGGCGGAGCCAGCAGAGGGAGGGUCUGACUUGGGGUGGAGUCAUUGUUAGGAGGGGCUAACUACUGACUUAGAGAAACAUUGGAUUGACCACUGAAGGUACUAGGUGAGAUUUUUGUCAGUCGUGCUCAAAAUUUUUAAUUUUUAUUAAAUAUAUAUUAUGCAUAAUGUUAAACAGGAGAUCAAAGUAUUCUGUAAUGAAACUCCCAACAAUCCCAGUCAGCUUUAUCAGAAUCUAAACCACCUGAUGAGCUCCACUGUUGUGAUAAGCUGACCGAGCGCUAGAAUCAUUUUAACCAGACUAGAACUGUAAAUGAAGACUUGUUAGUCUAAAGGGGCUACGGUAGCUCGGUCUGUCAGCUCCACGGUCUUACAAUCCUAAGGCCAUGGGUUCGAGCUCAGGUUGUGUCAGGAAGGGCGUCCAGUGAAAAACAACUGUUAAAUAUUUCAUGCAAGUUCACUCACUGUGGCAACCCCUGCAGAAGAGAGCAGCCAAAAUAAAACAUGCUGGUCUAAUCAGAGCUCUGCUCCCAGAGGCUGGAGUUCAUCUCACUCAGACUAUUAAACUAGAGAGGAUAGAAACUUCAUGCAGCAAUAGCUACAUAAAUGUUACAUUUAUUUAACAGCCAACUAUUUUAUUACAGUUUUAAUUUGAUUUUUGACAAAU